AUGGCGGCGGAGGCCGAGGGGAAGGUGGUGCACCCCCCGGUAGGCGGCGGCGGCGCUUGGAAGCAGAGCGGACUCGGCCUCAGCCCGCACGGUUCUAGGCGGACGCAGGAUGGAGGAGCGGCGGCCGGCGGCGCGCGGGGACGGCGGGGGACGCGCGCGCGGGGUUGCCGGAGGUCGCAGGGGCUUGCCGGAGGGCGGCGCGGCCAAAGGAAGGCAACGGUGGCGCGCGGAUACCGAGAUCACCCAGGCUCGGCCUGGGUGACUGCAGAUGGCCGCAGCUUGCACAGGGGCUCCGGCGGCGCGCGAGGACGGCGGGGGCCGACGCCGGAGAUGGGCCUCGGCCAAAUGAUGAUGGAGCCCGGGCCCAACAACCAAGGAUGUGGCAAGUCGGAGCUAGAGGGAAACCAAGAAGAAGCCGGG